AUGCUUCAAAAUGGUAACGGGAAGGAAAAACCGCCGCAGUCGACAAAGACCGAUGGAACCGAGUCGGAACCUUCAGCUGCCAACCCGAAACAGCAGCAGCAGCAGCCGCCGCCAGCUGCGCUCCCGGCCGAGGACACCGGCUCCACUCACUUCCCCAUGCCCGCUUAUCCCAAACUGGACAUAAAGCGCAACGCAGUGACUGACGACUACAAGAUUUCCACUCAGGUUCUGGGCUUGGGGAUCAACGGCAAGGUUCUGGAGUGCUUCAACAAGAAGACCGGGGAGAAGUGCGCUCUGAAGAUUCUCUACGACAGUCCCAAAGCCAGACGGGAGGUGGAGCUCCACUGGCGAGUGUCUGGUGGGCCGUACAUCGUUCGCAUCCUGAGCCUCUACGAGAACAUGCACCACGGGAAGAAAUGCCUGCUCAUCAUCAUGGAGUGUAUGGAAGGAGGAGAGCUGUUCAGCAGAAUCCAGGCCAGAGGAGACCAGGCCUUCACUGAAAAAGAGGCGUCUGAGAUCAUGAGGGACAUUGGGACUGCCAUCUCGUUUCUCCACAACAUCGACAUUGCCCACAGAGACAUCAAGCCGGAGAACCUGCUGUAUACCAUUAAAGGCAAAAACGCGGUGCUGAAGCUGACAGACUUUGGCUUUGCGAAAGAGACGACGUUACAUAACCUCCUGCAGACGCCCUGCUACACACCGUACUAUGUGGCUCCUGAGGUUUUGGGUCCGGAGAAGUAUGACAAGUCAUGUGACAUGUGGUCUCUGGGCGUCAUCAUGUACAUCCUGUUGUGCGGCUACCCUCCUUUCUACUCCAACACCGGCCAAGCUAUUUCUCCCGGGAUGAAGAGGAGGAUCAGGAUGGGCCAGUACGAGUUCCCUGAUCUGGAGUGGUCCGACGUGUCGCAGGAAGCUAAAGAUCUGAUCCAACAGCUACUGAAGACGGACCCGAACGAGAGAAUGACCAUCACUCAGUUCACCAACCACCCCUGGAUCAACCAGUCCAUGAUGGUUCCCUCCACUCCGCUCCACACCACUCGGGUCCUGAACGAAGAAAAGGAGCUGUGGGAGGACGUGAAGGAGGAGAUGACCAGCGCCUUGGCGACCAUGCGCGUGGACUACGACCAGGUGAAGAUCAAGGACCUCGACACAUCCAGCAACCCUCUCCUCAACAAGAGGCGCAAGAAGGCGGCGGCGGGGGGGAAGGGCGGCUCCACCGUCUGCCAGAGCCAGUGAGACGACGAGGAAACUCUGUGGAGAGUCCUGACCGAACAGCGUCAGCCGAGGAAGAGGAGCAGCUCCGGACAUGGGAGUUAGGAAGCGCCAGAUGGCGUUACUCAGACGGCCGGUCUGAACCUCCGAGACUGGAAGUUGAAAUGCACUCUGGGAAGAGGGAGAAUUAAAGCUGGACAUUCGUUCCUGUCAGUGGUAGAAACCGACAGCUCUGCUCGUUGUUGGUUUGUCUCUGUUGAUUAUUUUUAUUCGUGGAUUUUUUUUUUUUUUUUUUGUAGCGCUAGGUUGUUCAUAAGUGUCUGUGUGCAGACACGACGUAUCCGUGGUGAUAUUUUUGUGAAUGCCUAAAAUCUCCUUUGGAGCUAUUGUGAAGAUCACAAAGAAACAAAUUGCACAGAGAGAGAAAGAGAGACUGUGAAGCACUCCUCGUUGCCUGUGUUGUCUUAACUUUGUCUUUUGCUGCUUUCCUUUCAGAAUUAAAGCCCAGUCUCCCGCCGACUGUCCCGUUAUUAAAAUGUAGCCUCCGUAUCGACCUACAGUUCCAUCCGAAGAAAUAUUUUUCACUGAAGCAGAAAUAAACAUACCGUCAUGUUCACUA